AUGGUAAUUGAUGGCCGGGUGAGUGAGUUCAUCGACUCAUUGGAUAAUGAUAGGGAUCAACAGCUCAAGGUGGUAUCUGUUCUUGGAUCUGGAUGUCUUGGUAAAACUGCACUUGCACAAGUGUUGUACAACAAAUUUGCGGGGCAAUUUGACUGUACAACUUUCAUCCAGGUGUCCAAAAGGCCUGAUGUGGUGAGACUUCUCCGCGAUAUGCUCACGCAAGUCCAGGGGCAGCAGCCCACUGAGGAUUCUAAGGAACUUGACCUUGCUAGCAGUAUCAGGAAACAUCUACAAGAUAAAAGGUACUUAAUUAUUAUUGAUGAUAUAUGGACUGCAUCAACAUGGGAUAUUAUUAGUCAUGCUUUUCCAAAACGUAAUCGUGGAAGCAGAGUUAUAACAACUACACAAAUGGAAGAGGUUGCGUUAACAUGUUGUUGUUAUCACUCAAAGCAUAUUUUUGAGAUGAGGCCUCUGGAUCAUGAUCACUCAAGAAAGCUGUUCUUUAACAUACUUUUUGGCUCUGAAAGUGAUUGUCCUAAAGAACUCAAAGAAGUAACAAACAAAAUUGUUGAAUUAUGUGGUGGUUUGCCGCUAGCAACAAUCAGCAUAGCUAGUCUACUAUCAAGCCAGCCUGUUAUAAAAAUGGAUCUUUUGGCGUACCUGUGUGAUUCAUUAAGCUCCUGUUUGUGGACAUCUCCUUCAGAAGGAACAAGACAAGUAUUGAACCUCAGCUACAAUAAUCUUCCUCGCUAUUUGAAGAUAUGCCUGCUGUGUCUUAGUAUGUACCCGAAGGGCCACACAAUGUGGAAGGAUGAUUUGGUGAAGCAAUGGGUCGCUGAAGGUUUCAUCCAUACAACAGGAGUGCAAGACAUGGAGAAAGUUGCAGCAAGCUAUUUCGAUGAACUUAUCAAGAGAAGAUUCAUCCAACCUCUAUGUAUCAAGUACAACAAUGAGGUGUCGUCCUGUACUAUUCAUGAUGUGGUACACGAUCUUAUUGCAGACAAGUCUAAAGAAGAAAAUUUCAAUGUGGUAAUAGAUUCUAGUCGAAAGAAUGUGGCACUUUCUCAUAAGGUUCGACGCCUAUCUCUCCUCUUUGGUGAUGCAAAAUAUGCGAAGACACCAGAAAACAUGAGAAGGUCACAAGUUCGGUCGCUUACUUUUUUGGAUUAUUUGAGAGUAUGCCUUCUAUUUCAGAGUUUAAGCUUCUUCGUGUGCUAA